UGUGGGAUAUGUCUGAAUAAUUUCAUAGGAAGUGGUCAAAGGUGUUUUUAUGUAUAUUUAUUAAGUGAGAUGGGGAAAGAGAACAACACAGUGAUAGUAAAACUAGAACCAGGUUUCCCACUAAAUAUAGAAGCAAAGAAGCAAUUUCCCAGGAUGAGCACAGUGAAGUCAAAGAAGAGGAUAAAGAAGAUCACAUCGGACAGCAGGUCCACCACAGAUAAGGACGGGACUACAUGUGAGAUAUCAGGGAACAUAAUGAGGCUUUGUGUCAACUUAAUGCCGGUUUUAACCUUGGCUAAGGAGACUGAGCAGGAGGAGGAAGACGAGAAAGAAGAAAGCAACACCUCCAUGAGUCGACAGGAAACAGAAACCAGCAGCAGAGACCCAUCUGUCAGCAAACUAGUGGAACAGAAACAAAACGCAAUUGACCUCCAGUCAGGAUUAACCUCAGAGAGAACAACCAAAGCAAGACUCUCACUGACUUCUCCAUUUCUGCCGCCGCCUAUAAGCGAACCAAAACCAUUUGAUCAGAGCUCAGGCUGUCUCACUCCUCUGCCUGCCAUCACUGUGCAUCAACAAGCAACAACCAGCUCUGCAAAGCUUGGAGCAGAAGGCUUUGGAGGCAGUGGAGCAGUUACAGCGCAGGCUUCAGACAUCAGGCCCUGGAUAGACAAUCCCCUGUUCUCCAAGAGUAGAUUGGCUGAGGUUCAGCUUCCUGACAUCACCUUGUCCAGCCUGAAUGCACUGCUGCAAACUGUCACAUACAGACUGAGGAAGAAGAGGAGAGGGGCCGAGGAAGGACUAUGGAGACAAGACCGGACUGAUCAGCUCCUCGUGGCCUUUACAGAUCAGAGCAGUGUCGGGCAGCAGGAUGGGAAGCGGGGCAGCAUUUUCAAGACUGAAGGAAAUACCAGGAGAUGGGCCUUCGCACAAGGAGAGCUGGACAGGGCAGUAGAAGGGCAGACUAUUGUCUGAAGUGGGACAGCACUGCCACAGCCCCACAGAAUGACCUCCAGUGGGCUGUUCACGGGCAGAUUUUUCAUCAAACUGCCAGAAAUGCAGUCCACGGGGCCCUGAUGUCCUGUUCUCACAGUCUAGCACCCUGCAGCUUGACUGGCCUUCAUCAACGAUAUGCCUGCUCAAGCCAUUACUGACCCACUGUAAACCCGGGACUGCUGGAUGAUGUUCCUUCAGGUCCCGCUGAAG